AUGCACGCCACCGCCGCACCUCUCGCCUCCUCUUGGGGUUGGGCUCCCGACCCCAGCCCGAAACGCUCACCCCCUUGCCUAAUCCUUUCCAAACAGGUCAAACAUGAGCUGAGCUACCUGGCCUGGCCCGGCAAGGAGUGGGUGGAGCCUCGCACGGCAGAGGGCGGCGCCCCCAUGUACGACGCCCUCAUCGUGGGAGCCGGCCAGUGCGGGCUCGCCAUAGCCCACGGCCUGAUGCGCGAGAAGGUCACUAACGUCAUUUGCCUGGACGAGAACGAGCCCGGCAAGGAAGGCCCCUGGGUGACGUACGCUCGCAUGGUGACGCUGCGCACGCCCAAGCACCUCACCGGCCUGGAGUACGGCAACCCCAACCUCACCUUCCAGGCCUAUUACGAGGCGCGGUUUGGGCAGGAGGCCUGGGCCAAGCUGGACAAGAUCCCCAAGGAGAUGUGGAUGCAGUACCUGCAGUGGUACCACGAGGUGCUGGAGAUCCCCGUGCAGAACAGCACCAGGGUGCAGCUGAUUGAGCCGCUGGAUGCCGCCUCUGCCGAGGCCGGCUUCCGCGUGACGGUGGCCCGCUGCGGCGAGCGUCAGGUCAUGCACGCCCGCAAGGUCGUGCUGGCCACCGGCAUCCAGGGCGGCGGCGAGUGGCACGUGCCGCAGUUUGUCAAGGACGCCGUGCCGCGCCAGCUGUACGCCCACACCUCGGAGGCCAUCGACUUUGCCGCGCUCAAGGGCAAGCGCGUGGCCAUCCUGGGAGGCGGCGCCAGUGCGUUUGACAACGCGCAGUUUGCGCUGGGGCAGGGCGUGGGCGAGGUGCACCUGUUUGUGCGGCGGGAGCAGCUGCCCAAGAUCAACCCCAUCCGCUUCAUGGAGUUCUCCGGCUUCCUCAAGCACUUUGCCGACCUCGAUGACACCACCAAAUACGCUGGCAUUGACUUUUUCAUGUCCUACAACCAGCCGCCCACCAACGACACCUUCAACCGCGCCGCCGCCUUCCCCAACUUCACCCUGCACCUGGGCUCCGCCUGGCAGACGCUGACCCCCACCGCCGACGGGCAGCAGGUCCGCAUCAUUUCGGCCAAGGGCAACGAGGGCCUCUUCGACUUCCUCAUCGUCAGCACCGGCCUGCUGACCGACGCGCGGCUGCGGCCCGAGCUGGGCGCCUGCGCCGACCAGAUCGCCACCUGGGGGGACAGCUUCCAGGCGCCGCCAGGCAUGCAGCGCAACCAGCUGAUCGAUGACCACCCCUACCUGGGCCCCAGCUUUGAGUUCCGCGAGAAGCAGCCCGGCGCCGCGCCCUACCUCUCCGGCAUCUACGCCUUCAACUACUCCGCACUCGUCUCAAUGGGCCUCUCCGCCUCAGCGCUGUCGGGCUCCAAGUACGCGCUGCCCAAGGUGGUGGGCGGCAUCACCCGCUCGCUGUUCCUGGAGGACUCCCCCCGCAUCCUCUCAGCCUACCUGUCGUACCGGGAGGAGGAGUUUGUGGGCGUGUGGCCCCGCCCCGCCACCUCCGCCCUCAAGGCCGCGCUCAAGGGCUCGCCAAACCAGCUGCCGCCGCUGCCGCCCAACGCCAAGGCGGCCGCGGCCGAGGCCCCGCAGGUGUUCAAGACCCCCUCCCUCACCCGCAUGUAUGUCAGCACGCCGCCGCAGUAG